CCCGGCCGGGACCCCGCCUGCUUCGCCCGCGGCUGGAGGCUGGACAGGGUCUACGGGACGUGUUUCUGCGACCAAGCCUGUCGCCUCACCGGGGACUGCUGCUUCGACUACGACAGGGCGUGCCCAGCUCGCCCAUGCUUCGUGGGGGAAUGGAGCCCCUGGAGUGGUUGUGCAGACCAGUGCAAGCCUACAACCCGUGUGCGGAGGCGCUCUGUGCAGCAGGAGCCUCAGAACGGUGGGGCGCCCUGCCCACCCCUGGAAGAGAGAGCCGGCUGCCUGGAGUACUCCACCCCGCAGGGCCAGAACUGCGGGCACUCCUAUGUUCCUGCCUUUAUAACUACCUCUGCAUUCAACAAGGAGAGAACACGACAAGCUACGUCUCCACACUGGUCUACGCACACAGAGGAUGCUGGAUACUGUAUGGAGUUUAAGACAGAGUCCUUGACUCCUCACUGUGCUCUGGAAAACCGGCCCUUGACUAGAUGGAUGCAGUAUCUCCGAGAGGGAUACACGGUGUGUGUGGAUUGUCAGCCUCCAGCUAUGAACUCUGUGAGCCUUCGUUGUUCCGGAGAUGGCCUGGACUCCGAUGGAAAUCAGACUCUCCAUUGGCAAGCAAUUGGUAAUCCUCGAUGUCAAGGAACUUGGAAAAAAGUUCGGCGAGUAGACCACUGUUCUUGUCCAGCUGUUCACAGUUUCAUUUUUAUAUAGAUGGUGAUAUAAAUAUUUCCAAAUGCAUUUGUAAAUGUGCUAAAUAUUCUCAAGUCAUGUUCAAUGUUUCCUAAACCUUCAAUUUUGGCCAGAGUCCCCAAACACAUCAUUGCCACACUCUGAAGUAGAGAAAGAAAAAUUAGGGGCCAGUUCUCAAGGAACACAGGUCCUUUAUUUUUAUUUUAACUAAGUUGAAGACCCACUCAAAAAGCUCCUGUGGUUUUAUGUUCUUGACCUUUCAUCUGGAGUCCUCUCAUUCAGCAGGUGGCGUGUGAGACAUAGAAUACAUGUCUGUUUGCUAAAGUAAAAUUACUGUAACUCAGUCCAAUUAUUGGUGACGGAAGUGUCAUUUAAGGGGAUCUAUGUUUUGAAUCUUGCAGUCUUUCUAUUUUAUAAUCUUUUAAAAGCUUCUCCCUUUAAAAAAUGUAUACACGAAUGCACACUCUACACAUAUAUUUCCAUAUAUUUAAUAUUCCAUAAAUUUUGAAAUAAUUUCAAGAAAAUUAUCACAAAUAAUUUUUCCACAGGGCAAAUUAUUUAAAUUUUUAGUAAGCAUUCUGUAAUGAAAAACCAACAGCUAUACUAAAAACAUUUUUUGAAGAAGAAUAAAUUUUUUUUCGCAUAAGUGAAAGGAUCAAGCGCUCAUUCUAGGUCAACAGGAGUUCUUUUAAAUGUUAUAAUUUUCAUGAAGAGAAAUGUUGGUACCAGUGAAUGAAACAAUUGCUUUCAUUCCGAAAAUUCUACCACCAUUUGCAUCUAAGAUUAUUUCCAAGGCUUAAAGCCUGAAGCUGAAUAAAAUAAUCUUUCAAGAGUCCAACUUCAAGUUUAGUUGAUGUAAGCUCACUAUUUUUUUCCUACCGCAUGCAUUUUCUAAUGUUUGGGGUGGAUGGCGUGUCGGUUAUGGAAGGCAUAGACGUCAUUACAGAUGCUAUGAUCUCACACAUACACAAGGAAAUGUUAGUCUCCUUAUUUUAUGAUUGGAAAAUCAAUGACCUAGAGGCAAAAUGGCAUGUUUAAGGACCUGGGAUGACAAGUCAUUCUGCAGUCAGCCAAAGGGCCAAAUUUGGACUCCUCAUCCAGGACUCCAUGAAAAGCCUGACUUUGCCAAAUACUGCACUGGAAAAGCUAAGCCCCUUUCAUUUUUGAAGUAAAUUUUGAAUUCAAGAUAUUUAGUUUAAAGAAUUGAGUCUUGACAUGUAAACUACAUGAAAUUCCUUUGGUUUCAAUUGAAUAAUAUUCACUAACAAAUGAUUUACUAAAAUACAUAUUUCUUGGUCCUUAUCAUGUAAUGACAGAUUGACAACAGCAAUAGGGAUGGAAAUUUCCCCAAUAAUUAAUAACACCGAGAGUGGCAAUAUUUCUGACUAUAUUUUCAUUUAAUUAUCAAAGUUGUUUUUGUGGAAAAUUAAAUUUUUCAGAAAUUAGUAAUAAAAUAUGUGAGUC